AUGCAAUGUGGAAUAGAGCUGUCCACACAGGCCACCGCCCUUGAGAGACAGGUGUUUGAUUUCCUGGGUUACCAGUGGGCGCCCAUCCUGGCCAACUUCAUCCACAUCGUUGUCAUCAUCCUGGGGCUCUUUGGCACCAUCCAGUACCGGCCGCGCUACAUCGUGGUGUAUGCUGUGUGGGCGGCUGUCUGGGUCACCUGGAACGUCUUCCUAAUCUGCUACUACCUGGAAGUGGGUGGCCUCUCGAAGGACAGCGAGCUCCUGACCUUCAACCUCUCCCGGCACCACUCCUGGUGGCGCGAGCAUGGACUGGGGUGUCUGCGUGAGGAGGUGCCCGCAGCCAGCCUUGGGGUCCCGCACAGCCAGGCCCCGGUGUUGGGCGCCAGCUGCACCCUGGAGCACACCUAUGUGGAGGCCCUGCAUAGCAGCCUGCAGAUCCUGCUGGCGCUCGUGGGCUUCAUCUACGGCUGCUACGUGGUCAGUGUGUUCACAGAGGAAGAGGACAGCUUUGAUUUCAUUGGUGGAUUUGAUCCAUUUCCUCUCUACCAUGUCAAUGAAAAACCUUCCAGCCUCUUGUCCAAGCAGGCAUACUUGCCCGAGUAAGUGAGGACACAACUGAUCAUGCCCUGUGACCUCAGCCUCAUCGACCACAAUGAGGACUCCAGGGCCUCGGGACACAACCCUGGCCUCCCUGCCCCCACCCACUGCUCUGCAGGUGGCUGGUAGCACCUGCCCCUCAGUGAAGUGCUUGGACCCCAGUUAGGGUGGCAGGGCAGGGCUGGUGCUGGCCACAACUUGGAAAGAGUUUGUAAUUUCCUUUUUCUAAGAAAAGAAAAAAAAAAAGGACAGAAACAAAAGAAAACGGAAAAUAGGA